AUGUCCAGACUAAUAUUGAAAUCAUCUUGGGGAUUAGGGAGUUUGGGUAUUGCAUCAUAUUUCUGGGGUAUCGGAGGAGGAAAUGGGGGGAAUAAAUCAUCAAAUUCAACAUCGUUACCACCACCAUCAUCACCUAAUUCAAAUUCAAAUUCAAAUUUACCAAUAAAACCACCAUCGCAAUCAAAUUCUCAAGAAAUAUUUGAUCCAUCAUCUAUAAAUCCAGAAGGUUUUUAUAAAUAUGGAUUUCCUGGUCCAAUACAUGAUUUAGGUAAACAUUCAGAAUUUAUAAGUUGUUAUGAUCGUUCUAAAAAGAAUCCAUAUUGGGUUAUAGAACAUUUAACAAAAGAAUCAAUAACUAGAAAUGGAGAUUCAGGAGAUAGAAAAAAAUCAAUUUUUAAAGAAGAUGAAUCAAUUCCAUUUAAAUUUAGAAAUAAAUUAAGAGAUUAUUUUAGAUCUGGAUAUGAUAGAGGUCAUCAAGCUCCAGCAGCAAAUGCUAAAUAUAAUCAAUUAGCAAUGGAUGAAACUUUUUAUUUAACUAAUAUAUCACCACAAAUUGGUGAAGGUUUCAAUAGAGAUUAUUGGAAUCAUUUUGAAGAAUUUGUUCGUAGGUUAACCUCAAAAUAUGAUAAUAUAAGAGUUAUGACAGGACCAUUAUAUUUACCAAAAUUAUGUAAAGAUGGAAAAUAUAGAGUUGAAUAUGAAGUUAUUGGAUCACCACCAAAUAUUUCUGUACCAACUCAUUUUUUUAAAUUAAUUAUUGGAGAAAAUAAUAAUGACCCCAGCAAUAUAAGUUGUGCCGCUUUCGUAUUACCAAAUCAAAUUAUAAAUAAUAAUAUACCAUUAACUCAAUUUCAAGUUCCAAUUGAUGCAUUAGAAAGAUCUUCUGGUUUAGAAUUAUUACAAAAAUUACCUUAUUAUAAUAAAAAAGAUCUUUGUAAAGAAGUUAAAUGUGAAAUUAUUGUUAGAGAAUUUCCAAAACAAGUUAAUAAUGUUUUAGCAUUACCUUCUGGUGGUGGGAAAUAG